ACUUCACUUCCGUCUCAGGCAAGUAUUAUGUUCUCCAUUCGGUAUACAUGAGAACCAAUUGUCAUGCGGGUCACAUUCCCGAAGCCGAAAAGUCAGUCUGCACAUGUCGUCAUUCCAGCAUCAUAUACAACAACACCAUGGAGCCACUGCCGCAGAUUUCUAAAGCCCUUCUAUAUUCACCACUCUACAACCAUAUGACAUACCUAGGUAGCACGGUCAAACCCAUACUGACCCGACCCUCCGAUCGUCACUUAAAUCGUCCAUGAUAAUGGCGACAACAAAACCCAGCAUCACAAUUGAUCCCACCAAAAAGCAAGCUCCAACACGAGACUAUCCAUCAUCCAAAGCCGUAAAGGAGCACCUGCCCGCCGCAAAGUCCACAAAGUCUCAUCCGACAAACCAGUCUUCCCAAACCAAUGCCAGUCUCUUCUUCGUAGGCACCGCUACUACGAUCCUCGAAUGGCAAGGCAUUCGUCUCAUGACAGAUCCCAACUUCCUCCACCAAGGCGACCACGUCCAUCUGGGCCCCGGUGUCCGCGGCACCCGCAAGACCAAUCCAGCCGUCGACCUCCACGACCUCCCGCACAUCGACCUCGUCCUCCUCUCACAUUACCACGCCGACCACUUCGAUCAAGAAGUCGAAGCUUCCCUGCGCCGCGACCUACCCAUCAUCACCACGCCUCAUGCUCAUCACCACCUUACCACCAAAAAGGACGGCGAAUCCUUCACGUCUGUGCACCCUCUCGACGCUUGGGAUGACAUGUUCGUCAACUUCUCCGGGUCCAGUGACGCUCUGUCGCGCCCACGCAUCCGCAUCACCGGCAUGCCGGGCAAACACGUUGGCGAUGGCCUACUCUCGAAAGCCAACGACAUUCUCGGCGCCGUCCCGCCCACGAACGGCUGGAUGCUCGAACUCGGCUACUCGCCAUCCUGUGAGGCCCAGUCCUUCGAGUGCGGGUACAGGAUCUACAUUUCCGGUGACACCCUGUACGUUAGUGAUCUCGAGAAGAUACCGGAAAUGUACACGCACGCGGGCAAGCCGAUCGACCUCAUGUUGAUCCACCUCGGUGGCACGACGAUCCCAGGUCCGCAUAUGCCGCUGAUGAUGGUCACCAUGGACGCGAAGCAAGGGGUCCAACUUGUCAAGUUGGUGCAGCCGGAUCUGACGGUGCCCAUUCACUAUGAUGACUACGACGUCUUUCUCUCUCCACUUGAGGACUUCAAAACGGAAAUGACGAAAGCCGGUUUCGAUGACAAGGUGGUGUAUCUCGAUCGCGGUGAUCGAUUUGACUUUGAGGUCCGGGAAUCGAACAAGACCGCGUGAGCGCAGCUUCUCCGCGAGAGAUGCAUCUGAAGGAUUUUCUGCCGAAGAAACGCUGGUGAUACUCCAACUCGUAUUCUGCAGAGACCGAAACACCACAGCCCUGAGGUUGCUAGAUGGGAUGGACGGCCGCUGUCACGUCAAGCGGCUAAAGGCCGUAUGCUAUGUUGUGACAACAUCAACUCAAGCACUGGGAAGCCUUUGAUAUCUAAAAUGUGCGCCGCAUGAAUCUAACAAAGAUUCCAAUGAUUCUAAAACCUGAACCGUCUAUCCUCACUGGAGCCGGAAAGUUAUUUGAGCAAUUCCCAGAAAAGGAGAGGCGGAGCUCAAAAGCGCAUCAGCUCGAGGACAGUCGAGACCGGGUGUGUACAAAAGCCUAUAUGGCGUGCCGCUCGAGGCAAACGACGUAUUACUGACUGAACCUGGCGUCCCACUCGGAUUAAAAAGGUGGGAAAGUAUAUGACCAUGUCUUUACCGAUUCUGUUCCCAUCAUCUCUUGCCCCUUUUCUGACCCUCAGCGUACCAUAGCACAGUGCAGGCAUCCUCAAUACCCGAAUCACCACGACUAUCUCAUUGAUUAGUUGUUCAUGCUCUCACAGAACCAAGCAAGAAGGAUUGACC